GCGUGGGCUGAGUUUACGGAACGCAGCGGUCGCAGACCAGCAACCGACAACGGCCUUGUGAGGGAGCUGAGCUCUGUAACGAUGGGUGCAGUUUCCACUGGUAUGGCUGACCACUUCCGCUUCAAAGCGGUGGCGAUGACAGUGCUGGUGCUCGCCAUGUGCAUGGCAUCUUCGCCUGUAGCCGUAGCGGAUGCGCCGAAAGAUUACUGCGAUUUCUACUUACACAAUGAUGGGAGGGAUGUAUGGAAGGUCAUCUUGCCCCAACGCAAGGGAGACAAAGUUUACCUGAGCGUGGGAGUCAUUAGACACUGGGAAAGCAAUGAAGCAAGGAAGGUGAAAGUUGCAAACUCGAGGUCGUGCAAAUACUCGGACUUCGCGGACUGCUGUUGGCAGGAAGUGGAAUGCUCACACAUGUUCAAGGCCAGCCAAGCUUGGCUCGCCUCGCAGAACUUCAAUGGUCAGGAUCUGGGCCGGUUCCUGAACAAGUACAUCAGGGUUCAGAUCAGUGCAGCCCAGUAUAAGGAGGGUGAUGACAACUUCAACAGUGACGGUGACGAGAGAGACUGCCUUACUUUCAAGACUGGUGAUCACUUCGUUUAGAACGACACCCGGUGCUGGACGAGUGAAGUGCAGCCUCUGCUCAUUGCAACCAUUCUCCGCAGAGCGCUGCGCAAUGAAGAGAUUGUGUGCUGACUCAUAUUAUAUAAGCCCUUCGCCUGGCCUUCGGUUGCUUGCAGUGCCUCAGGCUUGACAGUCAGAUGUGGUCUCUACGCUGUGAUAGUAUGAUGCAGUCAAUAGCUAUGAAAGGCUGCAUGAUUCUUCAAGGAUGGUUCGGUGAACUUUCGCAAGGAGGAGAGCGGCGAACGAAGGAGCAAAACGAUCUGGGGUUUGAUUCGCCCGAGUCUCCGCGGUGAAUCUUCGGAUGUGAUUAUCAAACUUCCGCGUACUAGGUUGUCGUAGUAAUCUUGACCACGUGAGAUGAAUCGGAUAGCUUGACCUGUGCAGGUUGUCAUAGCGCAUAGUUUUUCCAGCGUGUUCAUUCGCCCUGGGUGAGAAGGCAGUCAGACUGUCUGCUCUCAAGUCGAUGCAUAUAUAUUAAAAACACUAAAAUAGUUAAAUUGCAUUUUCAACCAGUGUUGUACGUAGCGCCGGGGGGGGUUGCGGGGGGGAGGCGGGGAUGGUUUGGUAAGAAAAACACCAAAAAAAGACCAUUUGCAUUCUCAUUUCUACGCGCAUUGCCAUCAGAUCCCGGCACGCUCUUCAAUCACUGGUGUGGUAAAAAUGGUCUGAGACUUUCCGUGGCAGUCCAGUAACAGAGGCGCGCAUGUCCGCAAUAGGGAUACGCAACCAUGGCAUUAACGAGCGCUCGAGAAGAG